CGUGUUCAGUCUGAUUUACUCGAUCAAAUUUCAACCAAACUCUCGACCCCUUCUUAAGGUAAUGUAAUCAAUUGUGAUGUGAUAAACGUUUUACGACGGCUAUCUUGAUACGUUCAUCGAGGCAGAUAAAACCAACCAGAAAAACAACAUGCCGAAGACAUUGUCUAGUUCCAUGGGCACAGCGUCACACUGCUCUGUUGAUUCGCUUUUCGACUUGAUAAAUUCGACUAUUGCUUGGUAAAAUAUCAGCCAUGUCGUUCCCGGACGCUAUUUAAAAGAGAUAAAUUGAUAUUUGCACAUCAUCAUGGAACCAGCUCGUUGGACCUUCUUCUACAAUAAUGUACCCGUGGAUGCGAACUUUCUCGAUCAACUUGACACAGCCGGAACAGGCAUCCUGAUACAACUCGGAACGGCAGCAUCAAGAUACAAUGGGCCUUGCAAUCGGUACCAACCUACAUCCAGCCACGAUAACCCGGAAUGGCACCGGCAAACGGUACUGAAUGUUUCGGCGCCCGUUUAUGAGCCGACGAUCCCGCACUACGAAAUAGCGGACAAUCGGUUGGCAAGUUUCCAGGAGUGGCCCAAAUGUAUGAAACAAACGCCCGAACAGAUGGCCGAUGCGGGAUUUUUUUACACCGGCAAGAGUGACGUCGUGAUAUGCUUCUGCUGCGGUGGCCAACUCCGGGACUGGCUGCCCGAGCACAAUCCGUGGGUAGAGCACGCGAGGAACUUUAGCGGCUGCCCGUACCUCAAGCUAGUGAAGACGCCCGGAUUCAUUGCGGAAUGUCAAGCAAAAUGGUACACAAACGAUGUGCUGAUUGGUAGACCGGAGUAUCCCGGGCAUGACGUUACCAAGCGUAAAGAACAGCAUGAAGUGUCGGAUGAAAAUUGUUGCAAGAUUUGUUACACUCGACCGUUCGAUACGGUUUUCAUUCCGUGCGGGCACGUCGUGGCAUGUGGCAGGUGUGCCGCCACUACUACAAAGUGUCCGACGUGCAAUGAGCCGUAUACCAGCGUGCAACGUAUCUUCUUUACGUAAAGGAUAAUGGUUGAUAUCAUUGAAGCCGACCGAAGCAAGAACGUACGGCGUUCAUUGCCCGCGUACACACGAUGCCUACGGGCCUGCCCAUGCCCAAGGCAAAAGCGACACAAAAAAGUUUCCUCACAGCUACACAUGUCCUCUAUAUGCGUUGUCUAUGCGUCUCGCUCGGUAUCACAGCGGCAUAUUGCAGGUAAGCAGUACAACUACUGCUACCUGUUACCCCAUCAUGUUUAACGAUCACAAAUAUUCGGUUCGGCUCGGUAAACGUCGGGUGGACGCCGGAACGCAAAGGGGCAGACUUUUUCAUGAUUUUGUAUGACUUUGGCCGUUUUGGACCUCACGUGUGGACGCUCACAUUGGGAAUCCUAGCGAAUGUAACAUAUUUCAUGUGCCCGGUUUUACAACGCCGCGGUAAAUAACUAUACCAACCAUCUAUUACUUAACAAAACUUGAGAAAAAUGAGUGAACAUGGCUGUUAAAGUUGAUAGUGACGGCUGGUGAAAUCUUUUUUAGGUCAUGCAGGAUCUCAAAUUUAAGUAGAUUUUUCAUCGUUUCACUGCAAAGAAAAAGGGCAAAAUGUAUGCAAAACAUGUGUUUCAACCUAAUACAAAACUUUUCCAACCUGGAUAUUUUCUGAAUUCGCACGAAGUUUAAUGACAACAUGCUUCCACCAGCCGCCGCCAGAUGCACUAGUGCAAAUCUAAAUUACACUUGAUGAUGAACGACAAGAUUUGUUUUUGAAAAUAACGUAUACGAAAACGGAAAUAACAAAAGUUUUACAGUAAUAAUUUUUCUUCUUCUUCUUUGGCACAACAACCGCUGUCGGGAAAGGCCUGCCAGUACCCACGAGUGAAGUGAGCUUGAAAAAAGGAAAAAAGGUGAAAAAAGGAAAUGUAAUGUAUAUAUUGCCAAAACAUCCAACAAAAUUCGAGCAGAAUAUACUUCUCGAAACCUCUCAAUGUUUAGCGGGGCGACUAUAAAUCACUUCCAACCAAUACUACUCUGGCUCCGGCUAAAUCAAGCAGACGGUUCCGCGCGAAGCCGUCGCCUGACGAAUGUCGGAGCCUUCCGAAACCGCUAGCCAACAGAACUAUCGCAAAUGUCAGAUCCGUCGGCCCUUCAUUAUUAUUAUUAUUGUUAGUAUUAUUAUGAUAAAAAAAGAAAAAUUAUUAUAAAAAGUA